AUGGCGGUCACUACUCACUCUCUAACCGCUACAGAAAAGAAACACUGGUGGCUCACAAACCGAAAGAUUGUUGAGAAAUACUUGAAAGAUGCUCGGAACUUAAUAGCGACGCAAGAACAGAGCGAGAUUGUUUCGGCUUUGAAUCUUCUGGAUGCGGCUUUAGCUAUAUCUCCGCGUUUAGAUCAGGCGCUUGAGUUGAAAGCGAGGUCGUUGCUUUAUCUACGGCGGUUCAAGGAUGUUGCUGAUAUGCUUCAAGAAUAUAUUCCGAGUUUGAGAAUGGCGAAUGAAGAUCCUUCCUCUGGUUCUUCUUCUGAGUCGUCUUCUUCGAGGGAAGGUGUGAAGCUUCUUUCGUCUGAUUCGCCGGUGAGAGAUCAGAGUUUUAAGUGUUUCUCUGUUUCUGAUCUUAAGAAAAAGGUUAUGGCUGGUUUGUGGAAAAGCUGUGAUAAAGAAGGGCAAUGGAGAUACUUGGUUUUGGGUGAAGCAUGUUGCCAUUUAGGAUUAAUGGAGGAUGCAAUGGUUCUUCUCCAAACUGGAAAACGGAUUGCCAGUGCAGCAUUCCGGCGAGAGAGUGUCUGCUGGUCGGACGACAGUUUUCCUCUGUUAACCAUCCCGAUUGCUGGAGAUACGGCGAACCAACCGAGCACCUCACCGCCACGAGUUCCUAUAAAUGUAACUGAAAGAGUAACACAUCUCCUCAGCCACAUUAAGUUUCUCCUUCGCCGUCGUGCAGCAGCACUUGCUGCACUUGAUGCCGGUCUUUAUUCAGAAGCCAUUCGUCAUUUCUCGAAAAUUGUUGAUGGGCGGCGUGCUGCUCCACAAGGCUUCCUUGCGGAGUGUUACAUGCAUAGAGCCUCUGCAAACCGUUCUGCUGGUCGAAUCGCUGAGUCCAUUGCUGAUUGUAACCGCACCCUUUCCUUAGACCCAACCUGCAUUCAAGCCCUUGAAACCAGAGCUUCACUUUUCGAAACAAUUCGUUGCUUACCUGAUUCUCUACAUGAUUUAGAACAUUUGAAACUUCUCUACAACUCCAUCUUACGUGACCGGAAACUUCCCGGUCCGGCAUGGAAGCGUCACAAUGUGAGAUACAGAGAGAUUCCAGGGAAACUCUGUGCUUUAACCACCAAGAUUAAAGAACUGAAACAAAGGUUAGCUUCUGGUGAAACAACUAGUGUUGAUUACUAUCCAUUGAUUGGGAUUCGACGAGGCUGUUCGCGAUCCGAAUUGGAGAGAGCUCAUUUGUUGCUUUGUCUUCGCCAUAAGCCUGAUAAAGCUACGAAUUUCAUCGAAAGGUGCGAAUUUGCAGACGAACGGGACAUUGAUACAGUUAAAGAGAAAGCAAAGAUGUGUUCAUUGUUAUUGUACAGAUUGAUUCAAAAGGGUUACACGAGUGUGAUGAGUAAUGUAUUAGACGAAGAAGCCGCCGAAAAACAAAGAAAGAAAAACGCGGUUGCUGCAGCACAGGCACAGGCACAAGCACAAGCACAGGCACAGAUAGCAGCCAUUCAAAAGAAAACAAAUGAAGCUGAGUUGAAAAACAACAAGCCAGAAGUUAAGAUUGGUAAUGUUUUAGUCGAAAACGAUCAGUCUCAGUCUCUUAUAUCUUCCUGUACCGUAAACCCGGCGGUGUUUCAAGGUGUGUUUUGCCGCGACCUUGCAGUGGUCGGAAGCUUGUUGACGCAGGUGGGAUUUAAUCGUCCGAUUCCUGUGAAGUAUGAAGCAUUGAGCUGCUAA